AUGUUUACAAAAAAAUCACACCAAGAUGUCAAGAAAUCAACAGUUAAAAUUCAGGAUUCAAAGAAAGACUCUACCACCCGAUUAAAACACUUGAGGAUAGUUUUAGAGCACUUUGAAACAGAUGAAGCAAAAACAUACUUUGAGGCCAAUUUUAGUCAUGUUUACUUUAUUCUCUAUGACAACUUUAUUUUAGCCGAAAAUAAUCUACGACAAAGAGAACUUCCGUUCCAUCUUGUGCACAAGGCUGGUAAAGAAGAGUUAGAAGGUGCAUUGUCACUUUUAGAAAAAGUUUUAUGUCUUUUACCAGAGUUGAUAGGUAAAAGAUGGCAACUUCACUCAUUGACAAGAAUAUUUUCAAAACUCCUCCAUGGAGGAAAUUCACAUAAACUUAGGGCAGAUGCAAUAAGAUUUUUUCUAUUAUGGUAUCAAGCCCUUGGUGAUAAUGCUCCACCAGAAGUACAUAGAAUGUUUGCAUCUCUCGUACCUGGAUUACCUGAUUCUUGUCUGCCACCCAUUGGCUCACCAUUCAAACCAAAGGUUUUUGACUUAGCGACAAAUAUAUCACAAGAAUCUAAUGAAUUCAAAGUAGAUGAUAUAUUGCAACAUCCAAAUUUUAGUUUAAUGGAAAAUCCGAAAAAAGUAGUAGUCGAACAGACACCUACUGGAUUCAUGGGAAAAUUAGCAAAUGUGUCUGCAUCAAUAUUUCACGAUACAAACGCAUUAAAUCCCGUCCAAAGUGUUGACAUACAGCCUCUGUUACCUCCAAGUGCCAGUGAGAAAGUUAUAGAAAAUGAGACAAAACACUAUUUUGAAAUACUACUUGAUAGUAUGGCUACAACUGUCAUUAAAGUGCAGUGGAAGGACAGAUCACACGCCAAAGCGAUGAGAAGUUUUGCAUUCCUGUUAGAGAAAUUUAAAAUGUAUUAUUUACCAGCAAUAUGUCCACAGUAUAAUUAUAAGAAUUCAUUAUAUAAACCUAAUCUUGAUUUGCCAGUUCAACACAAUAUACUAGAAGAUGACUUAGCAAUAUGCAGAGUAAUAUUGAUAAAAUGGGUUGCGAAUUACGCCCAUUUCAUGAAGAAACAAGGCAGCGAGGGCGGUCAGCCCUCUUCUAUGACGAGUACAGGAUCGCACAUAGUACAUUCAAAUACACCCACACCGGCAACUUCAUUACAUCAUGAGGAAGAGACUUCAUUUACUGUGGGACAGCCCUCGGACUCCAGUAGAGCUUCAUCACACGAUUCCGCCUCUAACACUCCACACCCUAGUCUGGAUUCAGGGGCAGGAAUAUAUGAAGAGCUAUCCUCAGACCAAGUGGUACGCGAUGUUUUGUGCUGUUCUUCAAGAGAACACGUUGACUUUACAAUAGAGAUUUUGAGACAGGCUUUUCUACUGCCAUUCUCACACGCAGCUGCUGUGCGAAGAGUUAUUGCGCUUUAUAAAGAUUGGAUACAGAUGAACGUGACGGAAAUUCCUCCAUUUCUUUUGGAGAAUAUAUAUGAUCAGCAGGCGGGUGGUGAGCCGCAAGUGCCGCCUCGUAGAUUGAGGAACGACUCAUAUUUGGGAGCAGUGGGAAGGGAUAAUGUUAUGGUCAGAGCUGGCCUGCAGAAUGUAUUGCAAAUAUUCAUGACGCAAGCCGCGAACGUCUUUGUGUCAAGUACGAGUGUAGCGCCACCUGGUGGUCUACCCUCUCACCAAUUAUUAGAAGAACAGACCGAUACGUGCAAGAGAGUGCUCAAUAUAUAUAGAUAUAUGGUGAUGCACGUCGGUAUGGAUGACCGCUCUUGGGAACAACUUCUCUUGGUACUCCUUCAAAUAACGUCUAUCGUUCUAACAAAAGUUCCGACCAAAAAGAAACAGGAAUCACUUGGAGGACAUUUAGCCCCAGCGUUGUUCCAGACAUUAAUUGUGACGUGGAUUAAAGCUAAUCUGAAUGUCGCCGUCAAGGCGGACUUAUGGCAAAGUUUCAUGGAAUUGUUGACGAGGCUCACUCACUGGGAGGAUCUAAUUAAGGAGUGGGCAAAAACAAUGGAAACCCUGACCCGUGUGUUGGCGCGUCACGUGUACGCUUUGGAACUGUCUGAGAGCGGUGGGGGAGGGGAAUUGCGUACACGCGGACGUAGACCCGCGCCCGUUACGAAUGCUAACCGCCCACCGCCGUUACGGAAGGCUGCUUUACAGCCCAACGAUACUAGGACACCUGGUAAAUCUCCACGAGUGGGUCAUGAGACUCACCCUCGGAAAGACGCUUCGUCUCGAAGACCUUUGGCCCGUUGUCGGAGUGACCCCCACUUAAAUAGACAUGCGCACACACCGCAGAACUCACAAGAUGAAACCAAAGAUCCAAUUGAUGGUAAGCGGCGAUGGUACUCCUUGGACUCGUUGAGACACUCUUCACAAAAUGAGGAAAGGGAUUCCGCCAGCGGUUCACGAUCACCGUCUCCAGCGCCAUCUAGCGGCGUUGAAAGCAGUUCAAUCAAAGACUCGCCCUUGCAAAUAGAUCUAGCUUCUGAUGGCGGCAAUGUUGAAUGGUCGGAGGCGGACGCCGGUGAUGGGGGGGAUUGUAUGGAGGGAGACGUGAGGGGGUCAGGGGGAGUGGGGGUAGUUAUGGGGGGCAGGGCGAGGGGCUGGUUGCCCGACGUCGCCUGGGUCAUGUGGAGGAGGAUGAUGGCAGCCUUGGGAGACCCAAACGCCUUAAAGGAUCCUCAUGCCCACCAUCAUUUGUUCAACUACUUGAUACAUCUUAAUGCCACUCUUAUUAAGAUAAGUGCUAAUCAGACGCUCAAUGGGAAUACGGAGAUCCAUGUGCCGUUUAACUUGGUGGCUGGAUGGUGUCUGGAGGCGGAGGCAUUGCCAUCAUCACAUAGGGCGGGAAAGUUAUUGGCACUGCGAUUACUAUGCGAGUCGACGCAGGCGCAAGGCCCGGGGGCGCCUUCUUCGUGCAACAACAGGCUGCAUUUAGCACACCUAAACUUAUACCAAAGAGCACUGCACCAUGGUCUGACGGGCGAAGAUCGUUCAGUGGUGGACGUGUUAGUUGAGUUUGCGGCACCGCGAUAUCUCUCACUGGCUCUGGACGGAUAUUCAUUAUUACUCCUGGAUUUCGUUCAUGCGUCGACUAUUGUUCUUAAUUCUUCGGACAUGGGGCCAUCGUGUCCUCGAACGGCCGCUGUGACAUUUCUGGCUUCGCUGUUGUCUUUACCAGACGGUCUGAUGAGUGCACCAAUGCUGCAGCCAUAUCCUCAUCAGUACAAUACGGUUUCCUGCCCUGACCUGAAGGAACACGUACUAAACAUAGUAGUGCGCGUGUGUCGUCGCGAAGGCGCGGCCGCAGCUCGUUGUGCGGGCGCGUGCGCGCUCGUCGCCCACGUAUGCCAUUUGCUCGCGACGCGUACUCACUGCGAACGGUUGCCGGCCUAUGUUACUUGUUUGCUGCAGAUGUUGAUGAUGAAGAACAAAACAAUAGCCAAAGUAGUUAGCGAUGCUGUGCUCGUUUUAGCGGACUACACUGAUAGAAUCGUCGAGAUGUACCCGGGACUUGCUGAGAAAAUAAUAACGUGCAUUUGUGCGUGUUUGGCACAAAUAUCGCAUAAUGGCGGUAGAGACAAUGUACGGCCGCUGGCUGGCUCGUUACUCUUAUGCCUCGCCGAAUUCGCUGUUCGCUGUGGACCCUCGCUGCUCAUGCAGCACGAGCAAGACGAGCAGACCCUGCUCCUUAUGAUAUUUAGGGUGAGUACAAAAACCUAA